CUCCUCAAGAAGUGCAACUGCCAUUCUCAUCCCCUCUUCAUGGCCAGUCUUGACAAUUCCUCCUUCCUUCUCUGCCAUGAUCGAUGGUAUUCUUUUUGAGGUCCUCCACACGCUUUGUCCCUUGGAAAUCAAGCAAGCUACAGAAGAUGAAAGGCUUAAGAAAAGGAAUUGCGGCAGGACCAUUUCAAUGAAGUAUUCUUUCUUAUCACCUUCGUUCGCUUUAUUUGCUGCGCUUUCUUUUUGAAGAGGAUAUUCACUACCACCCUUCUUCCUUAUAAAUAUACUCAUGCACUCCCUACACAUUAAUUCAUAUCCUCCCUAACCUCAAGACAGAAGCCUCAGUCCCCGGUUCCCAACAUGACGAUAGUAGAGAUGAGAGUGCACAUGGAUUGUGCAGGGUGCGAGAGCAAGAUAAGGAAAGCUCUUCAAAAACUUGAUGGAAUAGAUGAUAUAGACGUGGACAUGGCCAUGCAGAAGGUGACUGUAAUGGGAUGGGCAGACCAGAAGAAGGUUCUCAAAGCAGUGAGGAAGACCGGAAGAAAGGCCGAACUAUGGCCGUUUCCUUACAACCCAGAGUACUACAACUAUACCGAUCAGUUCUAUCAGAACUAUUAUCAUCAUCAUCAUCGUCGUCGCUUUCCAUUCGCAUACAGUGACUCUCGGCCGUCUUCUUCAUACAACUACUACAAGCACGGCUACAAUGGCCAUGAUCAUGGUUACUAUCAUCAGCCCAUCCAUUCAACCGUCAUUGAUGCAAGGGCUGAAGCGAUGUUCAGUGAUGAAAACCCCAACGCUUGCUCUAUAAUGUGAUGAAGUAUUAAGACAUUGUCUUCUCUGUAUAUCCGUUCUUUAGAAUAUUUCUUUUCAUGAGUGUACGUAAUAUGAUGUUGUAAAGAUGCUUGAUGGAAGAACUGUAAAUUUUGCUUUUCAAUUUGGAUUCUUGUUUCAUUUCCAAAUAGAAGAGUUUGUCAUUAGAUUCUUUGAUAAAUAUUAUGAUUUUGUGUAA